AUGAAGACCAAAAACCGGCCCCCUCGGCGCCGGACAUCAAUGCAGGACACAGAAGCCAUCCCAGGUGAGCGGACACCCGAAAGACCCCAGCCAGGCUCAGGGGGUUCAGAGCUGGCGAAGGGUCUUCGGAGCAGGGCUGCCAGAACGGCAGGAGCAAGGGCUGAGGUCAGUCGGCACCGACAGGGAUCCAGCAGCCGUCGAGAGAACAGUGUCCAGAGACGACUUGAGAGCAAUGAGCGGGAGAGACAGAGGAUGCAUAAACUCAACAAUGCUUUCCAGGCACUGCGCGAGGUCAUCCCGCAUGUGCGAGCUGAUAAGAAGCUCUCCAAGAUAGAGACCCUCACACUGGCCAAGAACUACAUCAAGUCGCUGACCGCCACUAUACUCACCAUGUCCAGCAGCCGCCUCCCGGGUCUGGAGGGGCCAGGGCCUGCAGCAGGCCCUAAACUCUACCAACACUAUCAGCAGCAGCAGCAGCAGCAGCAGCAGCAGAUGGCCGGGACCACACUCAAUGCCACCGAACCCCAGCCCCAGGGUCACCUGCAGCGGUACUCCACGCAGAUCCACAGCUUUCGAGAAGGCAGCUAG